AUGUUACACAGCAAACAAUUUGCAAAUACACAGUUUCGAAGAACAAUGACCACUGCAAAACAGUUUAAUAAUAAUUUGAAAAGAUUUGAAUUCAAAACUAAAAAUAAUGAAUAUUAUUUAGCUAAUAAUUCAAAUGAAUAUUAUCAAAAAAAUAUUUAUAAUAAUACUUUUAGAAACUUAACUUAUUCGAAACAGGACAUUUUACCAGAUUUACCAAUACCUGAACUGGAAACUACAGUUAAAAAAUAUUUAAAAUCAAUUAAACCCUUUUUACAAAACAAUGAGUCUGAAUACAAUUUACAGAAAUUAAAAUGUAAAGAUUUGUUAGAAAAUAUGGGUCCAAUAUUACAAAAAAGAUUAAUUGAAUAUAAAAAUUCAAAUAGCUAUAAUAAAAGAAAUUGGUUAUCUACAUUUUGGGAUAAACAGGCAUAUUUGAAUUAUAAUGAUCCUGUGGUACCUUAUGUUUCGUAUUUUUAUUCACAUAAAAAUAUCACCAAUCAAAAGAACAAGUUUAUAGAAAAUGACUACUUAUUAAAAUCAACAGCUAUUAUUAAAAUAAUAUCUGAUUUUAUUGAAAGUUUAAAAAAUGAAUCUGUACCAUUCGAGCUAAUCAAAGGCUCUCCCUUUUGUAUGAAUUCUUUUCAAUUGAUGUUUAAUACAUCUAGAAUCCCGGAUUUGGAUCCAAAUUCAAAUGAUAUAGAUACAAAUGUUUUUUAUUCAAUCUAUGAAAAUAACUUUAUUAUUGUCAUAUGCAAAGGGAAUUUUUACAAAUUAUGGAUAAAUGAUGAAAAGACAUUGAAACCUUUAUCUGUGGGUCAAAUUUAUCAACAACUUUUGAGUAUUGUUGAAAGUGUUAAUAAAAAUGUUAAAAAUGAUAAUAUUGGUAUUUUAACUUCUUUACCAAGGGAUGAAUUUAAAAAAUCAUACGAAACAUUGAUCAAGAAUCCACAAAAUAAGGAUUCCUUAGAUAGAAUACAUAAAUCAGCAUUCAUUUUAUGUCUUGAUACUGAUGUGACAGCGAUUACUUUAGAAGAAAAAUCAAGAAACGCAUGGCACGGUGACGGUUAUAAUAGAUAUUUUGAUAAAGCUUUACAGUUUAUUGUUGCCAAAAAUGGUGCUUCUGGGUGUCUUAAUGAACACUCAAAGAUGGAUGGGACACCGACAUUAUUCUUGAAUUCUUACCUUUGUAAUCAAUUAAAUUUAAUUGAUUCAGAAACAUUUUUGAAGGAAAUUAAAGAGAGUGCACAACAACCAAACAUAUCAAUGGAAACAAAUAAAUUACAAUUCCAAAUUGAAGAUAAUAUCAAAAACCAAGUCGUAGUAGCAAAAACUAAAUUUGAUAGCUUACUGAAAGAACAUGACUUGAAAGUUUGGCAUUAUAAUAGAUACGGCAAGUCAACAAUCAAAAAACAUAAAUUUUCUCCAGAUGCAUUUAUUCAACAAAUUAUUCAAUUAGCCGUAUUUAAAUAUACAGGUAAAGUAUUACCUACUUAUGAAGCUGCUUCAACUAGAAAAUUCUUUAAGGGAAGAACCGAGACAGGAAGAUCUGUGACUUCAGAAUCAGAACUGUUUGUUAAAAAUUGGAAUAAUCCAAAGUUGAAUAAUAAUGAAAGAAUCCAACUUCUCAGAAAUGCAGCAGCUGCUCAUUCAAAGAAUUUAGGCGAAUCAGCAAAUGGUCAAGGGAUUGAUCGUCAUUUCUUUGGAUUGAAAAACAUGGUUGAUGAAAAGAAAGAUAAUAUGCCAGAAUUAUUUAGUGAUAAAUUAUUUAAUUAUUCAUCAACAUGGUUGAUAUCUACAUCCCAAUUAUCUUCGGAAUAUUUUGAUGGUUACGGAUGGUCGCAAGUAAACGACAAAGGAUUCGGGUUAGCUUACAUGCUUAACACUAACUGGCUACAUAUUAAUAUCGUGAAUAAACCUGAUAAAGCUAACUUAUCAUGCGCAAGAAUGCACUAUUACUUAAGUGAGGCUGCUGACGAAAUCAUGGAUAUACUAGAAAAUUCUGAACUUGAAAACAUAGCAUUGAAAUCCAAGUACUAA